AUGUGGCUAAUAUCUCUUUCCAAACCAACAGUGGCGUUUCUUCCUACAAGAAUAUUCCCCCCUGCGUGUCACGCCCAUGGCUGUCAAGAUAAUUUUCGACAACAUGAUUCCUUCUUUAAAUCCGAUUCCUCUCGGCAAAAGUCUCGCUUAUAUGGCAAAACGUCUGGAUCAGAUACUUGCGAUGCAUUAGAUUCAGCUACAGCUGAAAAGGUUGUUGCCACUCGAGGGAAAGACAAAACCGAUGACACACAGGAUGUGCUUACGAAUGCCGUCAUUCGAGUCAGCUUUGACGGAAGGAUGUUCACAGGAUGGAGCGGUGCCAACGACAAUAGCUAUGAUAAUGAUAUGCGACAAGAUUCACUCCCCUUGAAUGAUCCUUCGCCAAAGAUAAAGCGAAAGCGGAGAAGAAGACUGGUCGAUAGGGAAGGAGAAGCAAAAGGAUAUGUGAGAUCGGUUGAGGGGGUAAUAAGGGCCAACUUGGCCCAGAUUUACGGUAAUGUUGACCCUCGACGUGUAAUUGUCGAGGGAUGUAGUCGAACAGAUAAGGGAGUGCAUGCCACAGGCAUGAUGGCCCACAUUUACUGCCUUACCGAGGAAGCCUUCAACGCUUUACAAGAGUCAUCCGGCUCUGAGAACCCCGAUCGAUCCAUGUCUACAAUAAAGGGUAAGCGGAUACCGCACCCAACGUCUCCUACCGACCAAAGCUAUUUCGAGCCAAUCCCAAAGGAUGCCAACUUGUCACGAAUGGCAUUUGCACUGAACCGAAUGCGUCCUCAAGAUGUCCAAAUCUCAGGAAUUGCUCCCGCGCCGUUCCUUGCUCCAACAUAUCAGUAUCCAUUCCAUGCAUCACUGAGCUCUGUUUCAAAAACAUACGAGUACCGUGUAUCGAUUGGGGACUUUCAGGACCCGACUCUUCGCCGAUCGGCUUGGUUCCUGAAGGACAUAAGAGAGUGGAAAAUGGAAACAAUUCGAAAGGGGUGCGAGAUGCUCCGGGGAACCCAUGACUUUUCUGCGUUCCAGGGUUCUGCCAGGGGUGCAGGAGAUAGAAAGAAGCAAAAGGAGGAGAAAUUUCCCACUUGCACACUCUUUCAUGUUGAUUUUGUCCCUCAAGAACCAUCAAUAGACAAGAUUUAUUUCCCUGGCUUGCAGGUGGAAAUGUUCAGAUUUGUGAUUACUGGUGAUAGAUUUUUGUACAAGAUGAGUCGGAUGAUUGUGGGAGCGUUGGUUGCACUCGGAAGUAAUAGACUAGAUUUGGACACAUUCGAGCGAGCCAUAGAAAGCGGCAAUUGGGACAUUCCAGAGACCCCCGGCAAAAGGGUCCAAUUCCAAUGCGCUCCGCCUCACGGACUUGUUCUCGAGAGUGUUCAGUACGACGACAUUGAUUUCGAUUGGCAGCCACUUCGUUACUAG